AUGAUACAACAGGUGGUUAUGGUACAACAGGUGGCUAUGAUAGAACAGGUGGUUUUGAUACAACAGGUGGUUAUGGUAACAAUUGGUUAUGGUACAGCAAUUGGUUAUGGUACAACAGGUGGUAAUGAUGCAACAGGUGGUUUUGAUAUAACAGGUGGCUAUGGUACAACAGGUGGCUAUGAUAGAACAGGCGGUUAUGAUACAACAGGUGGUUAUGGUACAACAGGUGGUUAUGAUACAACAGGUGGUUAUGGUACAACAGGUGGUUUUUAUACAACGGGUGGUUAUGGUACAACAGGUGGUUAUGAUACAACAGGUGGUUAUGGUACAACAGGUGGUUUUUAUACAACGGGUGGUUAUGGUACAACAAGUGGUUAUGAUACAACAGGUGGUUAUGGUACAACAGGUGGUUAUGAUACAACAGGUGGUUAUCAUACAAUAGGUGGUUAUCAUACAACAGGUGGUUAUCGUACAACAGGUGGUUUUUAUACAACGGGUGGUUAUGAUACAACAGAUGGUUAUGAUACAACAGGUGGUUAUGAUACAAUAGGUGGUUUUGAUACAACAGAUGGUUAUGGUACAACAGGUGGUUAUGAUACAACAGGUGGUUAUGGUCAACAGGUGGUUAUGAUACAAAGUGGUUAUGGUACAACAGGUGGUAAUGAUACAACAGGUAGUAAUGAUACAACAGGUAGUAAUGAUACAACAGGUGGUUAUGGUACAACAGGUGGUUAUGAUACAACAGGUGGUUAUGGUGGCUAUGGUACAACAGGUGUUUUUGAUACAACAGGUGGUUAUGGUACAACAAUUGGUUAUGAUACAACAGGUGGUUAUUGUACAACAGGUGGUAAUGAUACAGCAGGUGGUUAUGACACAACAGGUGGUAAUGAUACAACAUGUGGUUAUGAUACAGCAGGUGUUUAUGAUACAUCAGGUGGUUAUGAUACAGCAGGUGGUUAUAAUGGUGCAUGUGCAACAGGUGGUUAUAAGGUGCAUGAGCAGCAGGUUAUAGGUAGUUAUAAUGGUCCGUGUGCAACAAGUGGUUAUAAUGGUGCAUGUGCAACAGGUGGUUAUAAUGGUGCAUGUGCAACAGGUGGUUAUAAUGGUGCAUGUGCAGCAAGUGGUGAUACAUGUAAGCCUGAUGAUGACCAGUACCAGAUCUUAAACCACAAGUCUCCAGUGUUGCCAACAACUUUCUCCUCAUUAGUCUCCCACGACCACUUGUAUAGACAAACAUUUUGGCUACACUGUUUUGUGUAA